UGCCGGGGAGACGCCAGAGCUGGGGCAUGGCCGAGAGCGCGGCCGCGGGGAGAUGGAGCGCUGCCCAGGGCCGAGAGAGGUGCCGGCCCGCGUCUCCCCCGGCCGGCACGGCCAGGGGGCUCCCAGGCCGGAGGAGAGGUGGCCAAGCCAGGGCUGGCAGGAGCUGGGGCGCUGGCAAAGCAGCUGCCCUGCGCCUUGGGGCUGUCCCGGCCUCCGUGAGGGUAAGGACCAGGGUGCGGGGCGCUCCGGAUGGGGUCCUGGGCAAGAGCUGGCCCGCGGCAGGGCCCAAUUGCUCCGGCAGGGGGCGCUGCGGGACUGGGGCAGGAGCCGCGGCGCGGGAGCGCAGCCGGGUGCGGACGCUGCGCCAGGCCUUCCUGGCCCUGCAGGCUGCGCUGCCCGCCGUGCCGCCCGGCACCAAGCUCUCCAAGCUGGACGUGCUGGUCCUGGCCACCAGCUACAUCGCCCACCUCUCCCACACCCUGGGCCAGGGCCCGGCCCCCGCCGCCCGCACCCCCAGCCUGCUCCACCCCAUCAAGAAGUGGCCGAUGCGCUCCCGCCUCUACGCCGGCGCCUGGGGCUGGGACGGCCCCGAGCCACAGGCCCCAGCGCUCACGGCCCCCGGCAGCCACGCAUGGGCAGGCCUGGAGGGGGGUGGCACCGCAGCUGGGGGCCCUGCCCCGUGAUCCCCCUCGCUCCAGGGCUCCUCUCUCCCGCUCACGCAGACCCUGGGGCAGGCCGUGCCUCCACCCCGGACCCCAGGACUGGGCCGGGGGCACCGGCUCCUGCUGCUUUCAGACUUCACGCUGCACCCCUCACCGCCACGUCAGGGUGCCGCGUGCCUCCCCGCGGGGUGCCACCCAGCCUGGACAAACCUGCUGCCAGCUGAGAGGAGGAGGAGGAGGGGGGCAAGGGCAGGGACCACUCCUGACACCCCUGCAGCAACCGAGCUGGGAUUUGCAGGGGUGUGGGGGGGCCGCGGUCUGGGCACUAAUGGGCAGCCAGGACGCCUGGGUCCAUCCCGGCUGCGGGGCGCCAGGACUCCUGGGCACGCUGGACUCGCCAGCUGAGAACGGGCCCGACGCGCGCAACCGUGACACUGUUAGUCUGCCAAUGCAAAGGUUGUGGGUUCAACCUCCGGCAGGCUUCGCUCCUGCAUUUCUUUUGUGAAGAAGCCUUUUCCUGCGGUUUCUUGUGUCCUCUUUACCGUUCAGCCUCAAGCCCUGGGUCCCGCUCAAGCAAAGCGAGAGCCGUGCCAAGCCGGGGAUGUGGGGGGGUUUCAGAGCUGGCGCUGGGUGUCUGCAAGGUCGUGCAUCUCAGCCGCCCCCACCCAGCAAGCCUCGGAUUGGGACCGUUAACCCUUCGCAUGCCGCUGGGCCCAGCCAGGUGGGAGACGGGUCAGGGGAGCAUGAAGCCAAGAGCAGCUGUGCACCCCUCCUCCCGCACAGCCAGGCUGGGGCAGCCCCUUGCACCGCCCCGAGGGGCUCGGGGCAGGGCCCUUGCCCCUUCCCCCUGGAAGUUGCCUGCAGCAGGGACUAGGGCUGCACCAGCACAGGGAAGCCUCUCAGCCCUGCCUGGCCCAGGUGCCUGUAGGGCCAAGGUGAGGCAUACGGGGCCAGAGCAGGCUGCCCAGGACAGGGACCAGGCCUGGGGAGCCCCCUGCUCACUGGAGCCGUGAGCGAGAGGAACCAGCCCCGGCUCCGUGGGAAAGCGGCCAGGGCCAAGGCUGCGGCCGUAAAUCUGCCGCACACCUGGCCGCCGGCCCGCUCCCGAGGCAGCCGCCGGCCUCCCCGGAGAUGCCUCUGCCGGGGGCGGCUGGGGCCUGGGAAGGAGAGCGGCUGCCAGCUCCAGCCCCCAGCA